CACAGUGCCGGGAUGGAAUUAUAAAUAGAAAAAAGAUAAAUACAUAUAAAAGAAGACGGUUGACUUGACCACAACGUCUAGUCGCAUUUAUCGUGGUCGCGCUCGGUCGUAUGUGACCAUGGCAUCUACAAAAUAUAUCGCGCUGAUUUUUUUGUUUAUUGCAAGUGCCACAUGCAAAUCUUCAUACAAAAUAUGCGUACCAAUACAACACCUCAAAGCUUGUGAGCAAAUGCUGGAAGUGGACACGAAGAGCAAAGCUGUAUUAGAAUGCGUUCCAGCUAGAGACAGAAUGGAAUGUCUGAACCACGUGCAACAACGGCAAGCUGACUUUGUCCCUGUCGAUCCUGAGGAUAUGUAUGUCGCUUCCAAAAUACCCAACCAGGACUUCGUACUUUUCCAGGAGUACAGAACCAAAGAUGAGCCUGAUGCGGAAUUUCGUUACGAAGCCGUGAUAGUGGUACACAAGGACCUAGCAGUUAAUAAUUUGGAUCAAUUGAAGGGUCUGAAAUCUUGCCACACCGGCGUCAACAGAAACGUAGGAUAUAAGAUUCCUCUAACAAUGCUGAUGAAGCGUUCCGUAUUCCCCAAGAUGAAUGACCACAGCAUAUCACCUAAAGAGAAUGAAUUGCGGGCGUUAUCCACCUUCUUUUCGCAGUCAUGCAUAGUCGGCGACUGGUCGCCCGACAAAAAAACUAAUAGCGCUUGGAAGGCACAAUACAGACAGCUAUGCUCCUUAUGCGAACAUCCCGACAAAUGUAACUACCCAGACAAAUACAGUGGCUACGAAGGUGCAUUGAGGUGCUUAGCGCAUAACGGUGGGCAAGUUGCCUUUACCAAAGUGAUCUACGUCCGCAAAUUCUUCGGGCUCCCAGUUGGAACAAUCCCAGCUAGUCCGUCCAACGAAAACCCUGAUGAAUUUGCGUAUCUCUGCGAGGAUGGGUCAAAGGUGCCAAUUAGGAACAAAGCUUGCUCAUGGGCCGCAAGGCCUUGGCAAGGUCUACUCGGCCAUAACGAUGUACUAGCUAAAAUAUCACCUCUGAGGGAGAAGAUAAAGCAGCUUUCUGAAGUUGGUCUCGCGACGAAAGCAGACUGGUUCACCAACGUCCUCGGACUUACAGAGAAAAUAAAUUACGUAGCUGAUAACGUUCCCAUCAAACCAGUGGACUAUUUGAAGAAAGCCAACUACACCGAAGUGAUUGAGCGCGGCCAUGGUCCACCUGAACCUGUUGUCAGGUUAUGCGUAACAUCAAACGUGGCUCUAGCCAAGUGCCAGGCCAUGUCAGUAUUCGCAUUCAGCCGUGACAUUCGUCCAAAACUCGACUGCGUGCAAGAAGCUUCAGAGGCAGACUGCUUAAAGAGCGUACAAGAUAACGGCUCUGACCUAGCUUCAGUGGACGACUCGAAGGUGGCAGCCGCCGCUAACAAAUAUAACCUCCAUGCGGUCUUCCACGAAGUGUACGGUGAUAAGAAGACCCCCAAAUACGCCGUCGCUGUAGUCAAGAAGGGGACCACGUAUAAUAAGAUGGAAGACUUGAGAGGAAAGAGGUCCUGUCACAAUCCCUACGGAACCUUCAGUGGUCUCGAUGCACCAUUGUUCUACCUUAUCAACAAGAAAAUCAUCAAAUCAGAUCAGUGCGUGAAGAACUUCGGCGACUUCUUCUCGGGUGGUGUAUGUCUACCUGGCGUUGAUAAAGCUGAAAACAAUCCUAGAGGCGAUGACGUUUCCAAAUUGAAGAAACAAUGCACUACUGGUGAUAACAGUCCGUCGAAAUGCCUCAACGAAAAUAGAGCCGAUGUUGCUUUCGUAUCAAGUACUGACUUAUCUAACUUCGACUCAUCCCAAUACGAGCUCCUCUGCCUCAACCGGGAAUCUGGUGGACGCGAUAACCUCGACAACUACGCCACAUGCAACAUCGCAAUGGCCCCCUCGAGGACCUGGUUGUCAGCUAAAGACUUUUUGUCAGAUGUUUCAAUAGCGCACACCCCUUUGAGCCUGGCAGAACUGUUAGAUGAAAGCCCUGCUCUAUUCAAUAUUUAUGGAGAAUUCUUGAAGAAUAACAAUGUCAUAUUUAAUAAUGCAGCAAGGGGAUUGCAGACCACAGAGAAAUUAGACUUUGAGAAAUUCAAAACAAUCCAUGAUGUUAUCAGCAAUUGUGGUGUUGCUUAGUAUAUAUAUAUAUUUUUUAUAAUAUUAACCAUUAAUUAUAAACAAAAUACUAAGAAUUUUUUGUAAGUAAGAUUAAAGAAAAAAUUUCAAUUUUUAAACAACUUGAUCUUUAUUUAUCACUUAAUAUAAUAGUAAUGAGAAUGAAAAUAAAUAAUAACCAUUGAAAUCAUCUCUUCCAGUUAUUUAUAAUGCAGCCAAAAAUAGUGUUGUAGCAACAGCAACUGCUAACAUAGCAUAUCCAGUUGAAUAAACUUCCUUGAUAGUCAGACCUCUAGCAGUGUCCCAAUAUAAAUGUCUAAUACCAUUAGCAAAGUGGUAUCCAAAUGGAGCUGCAAGUACUGCUUUUGCGAGGAAUAUAGUUGCAGGUGAAAGAUUAAGACUCUCAAUCAUAGUAACAUAGUGAGAAACAUCAUUAGGUAGCAUCAAAGCACCAAUACCCAAUGCACUGAUAUAAGUUGACAAGAUUACACCUAAAGCAAAAGAAAAAACAAACUUUUAUAUAACUCUGGAUGCAUAUUAAUAUUUUAUAAAAAUCACUC